AUGUAUGUAUGCAGCCUGGUACGCCGCGUUGUAUUGCGGCUUCUUUUAGGGGCCGUUCUGUCAUGGCUUACUCUUGCUUUUCUAUGGGUUGUGCUUCCGUUUCCUUCUCGUGAACACGGCUAUAGCGACAAGUGUAAUUACGUUGCCCAUACCCUACGGUCAGGCAACGAACUCACAAGAGUCUACCAGUUCGAAAGCUUCGGCCUCGCGGAGGACUAUGACGGCUUUGCGUUGGAUUAUCAACUGAACCUCGAAGACUCGAGACUCUCAAUUUCUGGAGCAGAACCAUUGCCUGUUCGACAGCCAUUUGCCGACGUGCAUGGCAAUGAAGACAAAACGCAGAUCGUCAACGUGACUGCACGAAGAGGAUUUGCGGAUGGUGCUAACCUCCCAUGGUUCCCAUUCGCAGACGCCAUUCUUCUGUCCUCGAUUAUCGAACGCAACCCUAUCGAACUCCCAGUUAAGAUACAGUGGACAGCGACUGAGAGUGAACAGACCAUGGAAGUCCGGACCUUGAGAUCAUCGUCUUUGCUCCAGAUUCAGACGAGCAGCGAUGAUCUGUCGACUCUUGCUGCUACCGUUCCCGAGUCGUCAGAGUCCAUGUCUCCUUCCUACACGUAUCCUAUCCGCGUUGCGAUCAUCAGUGUCCUUGCUCCAACUUCUAUCUUUCUCAACGAUCUAUUUGGAGACAAGCUUGUAGAUAUAGUCAUGGGUCUUAUGCCUGUCUUAUUUAUAGGCUCUAUUGUUCUCUUAGUCUUCAUGCUUGGAGCUAGCAAAAGAAGGACACUCCCUUCCAGUGAUUCAAGUGAUGCCUUUCAGGGCAGCGUUGCAGUGGGACAACAAGAGAGUUCGGAUCUCUCUAUGACGAAGGAAACUGAGUUCGAUAUUGAAAAGAACUGA